AUGGCUUCUGUCGCUAACCCUGCGUCUAUGCAACCAAACCUGUCGAUUUGUCUGCCAAAUGGCCUGGGACAGAAUGGGGGCCGCGUCGACCUGACACAUGUUGGUCUGCUGCGGCCCUCGCCUUCCACUCUGCCCUUGGAAGAGAUGCGCCAUCGGUUUCAGGAAGACGGAUACUUGUUCGUGAAAGGACUCCUUCCCCGCGAGGAGGUCCUGGAUGUCAGAGAGAACUACUUCAAGGCCUACGCGGACACCACGUCUCUAUUGGCGCCUGGCACUUCCCCGCGUGAGGGGAUCUUCAACGCUUCGUCUCAUCCUGAUUUACACAAGGGCAUUGGUGGACAAGGACUGCCAUCCGACCCAGUCGAGCACAAGAUCCUCGUCGAUUCCCAUUCCGAUCCCACAUACCGUGCCUUCAUCGAGCACCCGGCCCUGACCCAAUUUAUCCGGAAUCUAAUGGGUUGGAAACAGCACAUCUUACUUAACCGCACGAUGCUGCGACACAACGUUCCAUUCGGACAGGGAACUGACAUUCACUAUGACAAGCUGUUUCUGCGCGGUGGUGCGGGAUUCUUCCUCACAGCGUGGGUUCCAAUUGGUGACAUCGCGGUCAACGGUGGAGGACUUUGUUAUCUCUCCAACUCCGUCCCUCUUGGAGAGGCGAUUGAAAAUGACUUCACCGCCCGUGCUGCAGGCAUGACCCCGGAGGAGCGAAUUUCUCCGUAUAAUAUGAACAUGAUGGCCGGAGGGAUGAUAAGUCCGUCACCGCAGGAUUUGUCCGAGACUUACCCCGAGUAUAGGCCUCAUACGUGGCUGGUCACUAAUUAUGAGGCGGGGGAUGUCGUAUUUCAUCACCCGUAUAGUAUCCACGCUAGUGGAAGGAACGAGGAUGCUGAGGGGAUAAUUCGCUUGAGUACAGACCUGCGGUUCUACGAGAAAGGGGACAAGGGGAUCGAUCAGAGAUGGUUCAAUAUGUGGACCCCAGAUGAUGGGCUGUAG